CAUUUUCAAAUUCUCUAAAUGCGCAUUAUUUAAAUUUUAUUCAAUUUUUAUUUAAUUCACUCUUUCAAAAUUUUUAAAAUUCAUAAUUGCCAGCUACAGUCACACUCAUAUUACAUUCGCGCUCAUAUUUCUAGAAAUUUAUUUCCAAUAAAAAAAAUAUAUAUCUAUAUAUAUAUGUAUAUUUAAUUAAAUGAAUAUAAAGUAUAAAUUGCCAUGACCAGUUUAGUAUUUAAAACCACUUCUCAACUACAAAAGAUAUAUCUUCCAUCUUUAUCUCACAAGUAACUUUAUAUAUAUAUUUUUUCCAACCACUCAUUUUAUAUUUUUUUCUUUUAUCUUUUUAAAACCCAUCAAGAGAGUAGAUUUUGUUAAAAGCUCUGGGAAUCAACGCGGUCAGUCUACAAGUUAACUUCAAACCGUUCACUCCAACAGAACGGAGUUCUCCUUAAAGCGUAAUCUUGAUCUUCUUGCGUCUCAUACUCUCCUGAUACAUUAUAUACUAAAUAAAAUAUUUAAAACUAAACAAAUAAUGUUUCUUAAUAAAAAUAAUAACAACAAACUACUUGCGCAACUAUUUAAUAACGCGGUUGUAAAAAAAAAAAAUAAUUCAAAUUCAAAUAAUAACAAUAUCAUAAGUGACAAAUAUUUAAAUACUAAACCCAUUCCCGAGUGUCCGAGACCGGGAAUAUUUGAAUCAAUAAAAUCACUGGUUAAUUAUGAUAAAGCGAUGAAAUUACAUGAAAUUGUUGAUAAUAAACACCGAGAACUAGGUCCCAUUUAUAAAGACCACAUUGGCCCGGUAACUGCAUUUUUUUUAAAUUCACCAGAAGAUUACAGGAAAAUUUUUAAAAAUGAAGGACCGAUGCCCAUGCACUUCCUUCCUGAAGCCUGGCUUAUUUAUAAUAAUUUUAGAAAAUGUUCACGUGGUUUACUUUUUAUGAAUGGAGAAGAAUGGCUGAAUUUUCGAAGAAUAAUAAAUAAAUUACUAUUGCAACCGUACGAUGCUAAAAGUAUUGUGAUAAAUUCCUGUCAAGAUGCUGCUGUAACGUUGACCGAAGAGUGUAAAAAAUUAAAAAACGGAUGCGUUAUACCUGAGUUAGAAACUCGUUUAUAUAAAUGGUCUAUUGAGGUUAUGAUGGCAAGUUUGCUGGGAUCUGCUUGGAAUAAAUACAGAGAUACUAUCGCUGAUGGAGAGUCUGAUAAACUAGCCGAGAAUCUUCACAAGAUAUUUGAACUCACUGCAAGACUGUCGUUACUGCCGGUUAAGUAUGUGGUUAAAUUUAAUUUACCUGUUUGGAGAAGAUUCGUCCAAGUUGUCGACGAAGUACUGGAACUUGUUGGCACUUUGGUGCCGAAGAUGAUCAAGUACCAGGGAGAUGGUCUGCUUUCCUUGAUGCUCAAUGAAGGAAUGUCUGAGCAAGAUGUUACCAGAAUAGUCACUGAUCUUAUUUUAGCUGCUGGUGAUACUACUGCGUUUUCAACUCAAUGGGCAUUAUUUUUAUUGGGAAGUAAUGAGGAUGUUCAGAAUAAAUUUGCUGAGAUUUCUAGUAAUUUAGAGUUAGAAGAAACUAUAAAAAAUCCUUAUAUCAAAGGAAUCAUCAAAGAAUCACUGAGAUUGUAUCCAACUGCUCCAUUUUUAACGAGAAUUCUACCAGAUGAUUGUUUGGUUUCUGGUCAUUUGGUCCCACGUGGUGAAUUGAUAAUCAUGUCUCUGUACUCGAGCGGUAGGGAUCCCAAUAAUUUUUCUAGACCGAAUGAAUUUUUACCGGAGAGGUGGAUCAGAAAUACGAAGGGAAGUUAUGAUGAUCUAUUGAAUCCAUUUGCUACUAUUCCAUUUGCGUUGGGAGUAAGAAGUUGUGUCGGUAGAAAAAUCGCGGAAACUCAAAUGAUCAUGACACUGAGUGAGCUCGUUAAAAAUUUUAAAAUAAAUUGUUUAAACAAAGAAAAUAUAAAACUAAAAUUACACAUGAUAUCGGUGCCGUCUGAACCAAUUAAACUGCAAUUAACUCAGAGGAUCAGGGUUUAAAAUUAAUUUAAUACUAAAGCAGAAGUUUAGUAAUUUUUGAAUUUUUGUAAAAACGAUAAAUUUGAAGAAAAAACAUAUUUUAAAAAAUUGCACCUCUAAUUUUUUGAAUUUUCUACAUGUGCAUAUUUUUUUUAAAUUCAAUUGUUUUAAAAAAAUUUGAAAAUUGUUAAUUGUCUACUAACUUCAGGAUCAUAAAUUAAUUAUAUUUUUUUUAGUCUUAAGAAAAUUUUUUUUUUCAUUUCUGAAAAAUUUUUCUGGCGCCAAAAAAUCAUAUUUUUCAUAUAUUAAUAUCAGAUUUAUUUUAAAAGUAAUUACUGUGGAUUAAAAAAAUUCAAAUAAAUUUUCCGGUACCGGGAAUAGAACCCGGAGCUCCUGGAUCAAGACAAAGUUACGAAGCCUACAAAUUUUUAAAUAAUAAAAUAUGUAAUUAGUGUAAAAAAAAACUUAUUAAUUAAUUAAUAAAUUAAAUAAUUGUAAAUUUAAAAUGAAAAUUCAAAUAUUUAUUUGUAAGUAUUUAAUAUUAUAAUUAUUUAUAAUACAGAAAAUAUACAAUUUGAU